CAGACACCCUCCGAGCUCUAGGUCCAUCCUAGCAUCAUGUUCACCAAGGCCAUCCUUUUGAUCGCUACCGUUCACACAAGUAGUGUAUAUAGCAGUUAUCACUACAAUGGACCCAUAGCCAAGCCUGUCGUCCUCCACAACGGCUACCUGGCAGACACCCAUGAGGUAGCAGCAGCUAAGAAUGCCCAUCUCGCAGCUCUAGUCAAGCAAUCGCACUACGGAGGACAUUACGGAUACGGUGGAAGCUACGGAGACAACUACGGAUACGGUCAUGGCCAAGAAUACAGUGGCUCUUAUGACGGCCAUCAUGGAGACAUCAGGUACCACGGUCCCACCGCCAUCCCACACGUCCUGCAUGACGGACACAUCGCAGACACUCACGAGGUGGCCGCUGCUAAGGCUGAGCAUUUCGCCGCCGUAGCCAAGGCCAAGGCUCACGGAGGCUACGGUGACCACUACAGUGGCAGAUACGCCUCAGACUACGGUGCCGACCAUGGACACUCCUAUCAUGUGGCACCUUACUACGGACCCCUCGCCAAGCCCGUGGUGCUCAAGUCCGGAUACCUGGCAGACACUCACGAGGUCGCUGUGGCCAAGCACCAUCAUCUGGAGGCCCUGCAUAAGGCCAGACAUUACGGCCAUUACGACUACCAUUAUUAACUAAAAAGUAAUAAAUAAAAUAAUUAUCUCUCUGAAUUUUAUAACUAUUUUAAAAGUUGGGGUUUCCUGUUCAAACAACACCUACAGAGUCACAACAAUUUAAACAGCCCUAUGUAUGUUGUUAUUUAACUAAAGCAACUAUGUAUGUCCUUGCUGAACAGACAUACAAAUGAAAAUAAUCCAAACAGCAUUAUGCUCUCAUCACUAGCUUCA